AUGAAGCGGCUCCGCGAAUCCUGUGCUGAUGAUAGAAUCACCAACCUUCCUGCCGACGUGAUACAUCGCAUUCUCGUGUUCUUACCCAUCAAAGAUGCCGCCAAAACUAGCGUCUUGUCGAUGCAAUGGAGGCAUCGCUGGAGAGUGACCAAGUUUGUGCUCGCAAUUCAUGGAUUCGUCCCCUGCAACGACGAGAUUGAUCUCCUCCCUCUUUACCUUUCCAACAAAGGUGUCCAACAUUUCACCCUGAACUUUGACUCUGCCGAUGAAUGUCUCUACGACGAAGAUUGUGUUGACCUGUACAACUAUCAAAUGCACUCUUCCCUGUUUUCUGCUCUUCACCUGAAAUCCCUGCAACUCCAGGCUUUGGUGUUUACACCACCGCCCAGGUUUGUCGGGUUUAGUAAGCUUACCUAUCUUGAAUUUGGCUAUGUUAGAUUGCCCCUUGAUUUCUUCGACAGUUUCCUUCCCAAGUGCCCGAUCCUUGAAUCCUUGAGGCUUCGAUGUUGUUGGGGCCAUGCUGUUGAGGUUCGUAUCAAGGCACCAUUUCUCAAAUCCUUCCACUUUUGGGGGUUUGAACUGGUUGCUAUCAGCUUCGCGGAUACUCCACUUCUGUCAGACCUGUUACUUCAUUUUGUUCGCUGUCGCGUACCUGGUAUAGCAUCCUUAUUUGCAUCUCUCCCGGCUCUCGGGCGUUUCUUUGCUAACGGUGCAGUCCUGAAAGACCUUGCUGCUGGUGAUAGGAUGAAUGUCCCCACCAGGCUUCCUACUCCUCAUCACCAGUUACAAGACCUUUACCUGAAAUCUCACGCCUUUGAAGGCCCUGGAAUGGAGCGCGUUUUAGUUUGUUUGAUCAUGAGCUCUCCCAACCUGCGCAGGCUCAGAAUUGAGGUGAGCCCGAUAGAUGAUCAACCUUCAAAUGAUGAAGUUAGCAGCAGCUUAUGGAGGUUGUUGGAAGCAGCAGGGGGCAGCCCUGGAUCUUCUGCUUGCCUUCAGCAUCUGAGAAAGUUCAGAAUUAAGCACAGCCUUUGUACACAGGUUGAGCUGGACCUUGUGAGGUUCGUCCUGGCCACUGCCCCGCUGCUUCGGUUGGUCCAUGUUAAUCCUGGAUUUGCACUGACGGCCAAGAAGAUUAUGAAAUUCAUGAACGAGGUGAUGCAAUUUACGCGUGUUUCUAAAGAAGCAAAGGUUAUCUUUGACAAUGAUACACGUGAUGACCCCUUUACUUAUGCAGAAAGCCAACUUUGA